AUGGAAUCAAUGAAGCGACAUAUUCCCCCGUUAAACAUAUCGAAAUCCAACUCCAAUCUACAGGAAUCCACCGAUCACAGCAACCUACAGAGCCGAUUCUAUUCCACCUGGGGCUCGUCUGAGAUGACGCCUCCGUUAACACCACAAACACAAGAGACAAAUAUGGAUCAACUGGAAGCACCGAGGCCUGUCUUCCACAACUACUUGCGAGCGUUCUAUCCUUUUCACCCGGCCGGCAAUGUCUCUCCGUCCACCGUUACUCUGCCCCUGGACCAGGGCGACAUCAUCUUGGUCCACUCCGUUCACACCAAUGGCUGGGCCGAUGGUACCUUAUUAGAUUCCGGGAAUCGAGGCUGGCUCCCCACCAAUUACUGCGAAGCAUACGACCAAUUGCCUAUGCGUCCCUUGUUGAAGGCCUUGACCGAUUUCUGGGACAUCAUUCGAGGAGGAUGCGGGUCAUCAUUAAAAGAUUUUGGAAACCAGGACCUCAUGAGAGGUCCCAUCGCUGGCGUCCGUUUCCUGCUGGAAAAAUCCGAAUGCCUGACAAGGGAGUCUCUCCUGGUCAGGAAAUACGAUGGACUGCGCAGAAUCCGCAAAGCUUUGCUGUCUGAUCUUUCUUCGUUGGUGAAAACCGCGAAGAAGUUCCAAGAAGUGGCUAAUGGCAACCCGUCGGAAGACGAGGUCGAGCACAUCUUGGAUGAGAUGCUGCUCAAGGCUUUCAAAAUUGUUACUCGUGGAGUUCGGUUCCUCGACGUAUGGAACGAAGAGGUGGGCCUUAGCAGGACUAUUGCCGGGAUGGAUGGGCCAGCCGACAGCCAGUAUGAUCUGCCGCCGACUCCUGCAUCCGAGACCUUCAACAUUGGCGAGAACGACUGCCCCGAACGAAACGAGUCCCGUAUGUUGGAAUCACGACAGAUGGAAUCGAGGCAAACAACCCGGAGCCGCAUGGAUAUGAGCCGAUUAUCGAUGCGCACCGAUAUGAUGGACCAACCGCCCAGACCGGUCUCUGUCUCCGCCAAGAGAAUAUCUGUCUCGCAUCGCAUGUCUGUGUCUGGUCCCUCGGCUGCUAUCUGUGCCCAGAACUUGGCAUCCGAGCGUCUUGGCACAACAUAUGAUGGGUUCUUGGGCGUGCUCGGCUCGUUCAUUGGGCUUCACAUGCAGUCUCGGUCCUCGACUGAGCUCGUUGUCACCACCAAACAGGCUGUUGAGUCUUGCAAAGCUUUCCUGAAUGUUGUCGAGGCUGUAUGCGAGCAUGACACUCAUCGUAGCGUGCUGCUAGACCAGGCUCGUGAGUCGAUGUGCGAGAGGCUGUCGGACCUCGUUCACGCCGCACGCGACGUGUUCCGACCUGCCCACCUCCCAGAAGAUGAUAUGGUAUUCAUGCCGGAUGAGGGCAAGCAACUUGUCGAAGCUGCGACACACUGUGUUCGCGCUGCUGGCAACUGUUUGGCGAAGGCACGUUUGGUGUUGGAGCAAAUUGGAGACAUGGAGCUUGAGCCUGAGAAUGAAAAUGAGGGAGAUCAAGAACCUCCUUCGGAUCAGUCCGAGACUCCAGUCGCAGAAUAUGAACGUCGACUUCCCCCUCCUCCCCUCCAAAUUCCUAGCACCACCUACUCCCCGCCAACCCCCGCCCUCACCGAUGCCACAACACCUUCUUCCUUCCAAUCUCACAUCGCCAACUCUCCCGCCAACCUUUCUGCCAUUUCAUCUCUUCCCAAUUCUGCUGUUCUUCCUACCCACCUGGAGAACGUUUCGUCCUUCUCUUCCACCGAAAGUGGUUACCGCGAAUCUCACAAAUCCGACAUGGGUGAGUCCUUUGGACGUGGCAUCACCUCCAACGGUAGCAGCUUCACCUAUCACAGCCACACCCGCGACUCGGAGAUGAGCGGUCUUUCGCAAACCUCGACCCGGGCUACCUCCCCUGAUAUCGGGGGUAGCUUCCAGGGUAGCUAUAAUGUUCCCUCGUUGAAGGAGAGUGUCAGCUACUCAACCCUUGCAGAGGAGAAUGAAGAGACGGAGGCCAACAUUCUGGAGAAGACAUACGCACAUGAGCUGAUCUACAAGGAGGGCGCGGUGAUGGGUGGUAGCCUCCGUGCUCUCAUCGAGAAAUUGACUGCUCAUCAGUCGACACCGGACGCCAUGUUUGUGUCAACCUUUUACCUCACUUUCCGCCUCUUCGCCAGCCCCCUCGAGUUCGCCGAAGCCCUUGCUGCUCGGUUCGAGUACAUCGGCGAUACCCCUCACGCCGCUGGCCCCGUCCGUCUCCGUGUCUACAACAUCUUCAAGGGUUGGCUGGAGUCUCACUGGCGCCAUGAUAGGGACAACAUCGCCCUGGAGUUCAUUGUCACCUUUGCCAAGACGAAGCUCGCAGCGGAUCUUCCCACUGCUGGUAAGCGGCUGCUUGACUUGGCAGACAAGGUGUCAGCUGUGGGUGGUCCCGUCGUCCCUCGGUUGGUCUCUUCAAUGGGCAAGACCAAUACUUCCAUCGCCCAAUACAUCCACCCUGAUACCCCUCUACCUCCUCCAAUCCUUGGCAAGAAGGAGCACAACCUGCUGAAGCAAUGGAAGAACAACGAGGCAUCCAUCACCAUCCUGGACUUCGACCCACUUGAGCUCGCCCGUCAGCUGACAAUCAAGGAGUCGCGUAUUUUCUGCGCCAUCCUACCGGAAGAGCUCCUUGACACUGAAUGGAACCGGAAGACCGGCUCCUUGGCUGUGAAUGUCCGCGCCAUGUCGACUCUCUCAACAGACCUUUCCCACCUCGUUGCUGACUCAAUAUUGUAUCUUGAGGAGCCUAAGAAGCGUGCGACCACCAUCAAGCACUGGGUCAAGAUCGCCAGCAAGUGUCUGGAGUUGAACAACUAUGACUCCCUCAUGGCCAUCAUUUGUUCCUUGAACCUGUCGAUGAUCUCCCGCUUGAAGAAGACCUGGGACAUUGUCUCUCAAAAGACCAAGGUUGCUCUCGAGCACCUUCGUGGUAUCGUUGAUGUCUCUCGCAACUACGCGGUCCUCCGUCAGCGCUUGCAAAACCACGUGCCCCCUUGCCUUCCCUUCGUUGGCACAUACCUUACCGAUCUUACAUUUGUCGACCACGGCAACCAGUCUCUGCGCACCCUCUGCACCGACGAGAGUGAGAUGGACGUGAUCAACUUCGACAAACACAUGAAGACAGCACGCAUCAUCAGCGAACUCCAGCGGUUCCAGAUCCCCUACCGUCUCACCGAAGUUCCCGAGCUCCAAGCAUGGAUGCAGAACGAACUUGUGCGCGUGCGCUCAAAUGGCGACGAUACCACCACCCAACUCUUCUACCGCCGCUCCUUGGUUCUCGAACCCAGAGAGCAAUCCCGCAGUGCAACCACCUUGCAAUCCCAAGACUCCAACCCUCCCUCUAUUCUCGACAACGCAAAGGAUAAAUUUGACUUCCUUUCCUGGACCAACCAAGGCAAAGUAAAGUCUGUUCCUACACAUGGUUAA